AUGGCGCCGCUCGCGCGAACUCGUCGCGGGCCACAGGCUUCCGAGCGCUUCGUGCUGAUCCCAGCCACCUACAAGAACAGCACGACUGGCUACAAGAACGUGACCUACAACCGCAGCAAAAAGAAGUUCGAGGCGAAGGUGAAUGCUGGCGGCAAGCGUGUCCACCUCGGCCUCUUCGAAACCGCCGAAGAGGCGGCCAUCGCCUACGCUCGCUCAGAGUACGGCCGCGCCGACGCCGCCAAGCUGCUGCAGCCUCGCCCGGCUCCGACUGCCGCUGGCGCUGAGGCGAUACGGCAGGCGGAGAGGGAGGGCCUGACUCUGGUCGCCAGCAGCAGCAGCAGCGGCUACAAAGGCGUGACCUUCAAGCCGAAGAAGCAACGCACCAAGAAGUACGAGCUGACGGUGAGGGUUGGAACCAAAAAGGUCACCCUCGGCUACUUCGCCACCGCCGAGCAGGCGGCGCUCUUCUACGCCCGCUGGGAGGCGGGCAGGGACACCCGCGAUCUGACCGCGCUGCCGCCGCUGCCGCCGCCACCCGAGCCUUCCUCUGCCGCUGGUGCCAAGGCAGUCCGGCAAGCGGAGAGGGAGGGACUCACUCUGGCCAAGGCAGACUUUUUUGAGAAAUUCUCCACUAGCACCAACUUCCCGAUUAAGUACGGUUAA